AUGUCCUGCCCUGCUAAACAAAUCGAUAUGCGAUCGAACAAUAUCGACGACAACAGCAGCGACUACGGCUGCGAAUUCACCCCAGACGAAGAAGAGCUGUUGAACGAUCUACUCGCACGCGUCGCCGCCCCAGCUAUCCUUACCACUAAUCCUCCAACCACCACCACCGAAGAAACCCCAUCCGAAAUCCCUCAAGAAUUUAUCAAAGAAGUCCUAGAUGAUUUACAACCUCUAUCCGACCCGCUAAUCGUCUCCGACAUCGAGGAUUAUGAAGUUCCUCAUGCCGCCCGGUUCCCUAGGGUACUGGGUCGGGAAGCAUGGAGUCCUGCGCGGAAAUGGGGUUGGCAACAGAAGCAGAAUAGUACUACAAUUGCGCGGAAGUUAUGGUCUUCGAGGGCAGUCGACGUCCACGCGGAGGUCGUUGAACGCGAGGGAUCUCCUGAAGGGAGAGAACGGGAUCGAGAACGGCAGCGAAAUAGGGAGAAGGAAUGGACAGCAGUAGAGAACCAAGAACGAUCUGACUCGCAGACGGAGUCUACGUCGAAUAAUAAUAAUAAUAACGACGAGGAUAAUGCAGUGGCAAACCACCAAGAACAAUCACCUAUACAACGAUUCCGAAAACCGCCCAACAAAGCGUUUUCAGUAUCCGAUUUGAUUUCCCCAGCUUGGUGCGAGUUGCAAUAUUGGUAUACACUGACGAAACAUGGCCGAAAACGAAGGACACCGGCUAUGAUGCAAGGUAGCGCGGUACACAAAGUCCUCGAAGAUGAAGUCCAUACCACCGUACCCGUAGAUAUAACUACAAAGGAAGAUGGAUGGGCAUUGAGGAUAUGGAAUGUAGUUCAGGGACUUAGAACACUUCGACAAUACGGAUUGACGCGUGAGCUUGAGGUUUGGGGUCUUGUGGAAGGUGAAAUUGUCACUGGUAUUAUCGAUCAGCUUUCAUACGUCUGUCCAGACCCGAAGCUUGAAGCGAGUGCUGCGCAGCACUAUACGGAGAUGGAAGCCGCUCGGGCUGCGUUGCCGGAGUAUCAGAUGUCGAUAUCGGAUUAUUUCAUAACCUCGGGGGCGGGAAAGCCGUUGGAUGAGAUGUGGAAACAACAACCUGAAGAACCUGUGACGAACAAAGAUGUGGACGAUGAUUAUGGGACGGAUCUCGAUCAGUCGUAUCUCGAUGUUCCGAGGAUAUAUAUUACAGAUAUCAAAACUCGUGCUAGUCGUUCUGUACCGACGGUUAAGAGUACAGGGUUUCGUCCGACGCAUUUACAGUUGCAGCUAUACUACCAUAUGCUCAAUCGAUCCGUGACCAGUGAUGAUGUUACAAUGGAAAUGAUUGCCAAACGCUAUGAUCUGGACCCCGAGCGUACAUUCUCCGACGCAUUCAUUGCGGAAGUUGGGGGCUUGAAUGAAGAGUACUACGAUGCUUCAUCGACCCUGAGCUCGGAUCCUGACUAUAUCCCUGGAGGGAGUAGUCAAGACUCUGUCAGUAUAUUGCUUUCGCAUAAUAAUUUGCACAGUCUUUGGGACUUGAUGAAGAAACAUCUUCGGUAUACGUUUCUGCCUACCUUGCACAAUCAAAACAUCGCUCCAUCCAUCCCCGCUGCGACCCAGCCUGCAUCGUUGGCGUUAUAUCCGACUGUGUUAUCUCCAGUAUUAACUGCGAAAUACCUGUCGUCCACAAAGGCAUCGGAAGACGGUGUCCCCGAUGAACUGGGCAGUCGGUCAUUCCUGUUUGAUCCUUCAGAUCUGACGUCUUAUACUUCCGACCAAUUGAGUUGGUGGCGAGGCGAGCGAGCGCCGCGAGGAGUCGAAGUGUUUGAUGCGUGGAAGUGUCGGAUAUGUGAUUUUCGGGAGGAGUGCGAUUGGCGGAUAUCGAAGGAGUAUGAGUUUGCUACGAGGCGGAGGAGAUUGUCCAAGACUGCGAUGGAGAUGCUCGGGCAGGUUUAA